AUGUCCGGUCUGAAUCGAUCUAUUAGCGCUCCGUUUAAGAACGGCGGUCUUCCUCCGCAAGAACUCCUCGACGAUCUCUGCAGUCGGUUUGUUUUAAACGUGCCCAAAGAAGACCAACAAUCGUUCGAGAGAAUUCUAUUUCUGGUCGAGUACGCACAUUGGUUUUAUGAAGAUAAUUCUGUCGAGAAAAAUCCGUCCUUAAAGUCCUUCACUCUGAAGGAAUUCACUUCUUUAAUGUUUAACAGUUGUGAUGUUUUGAGACCGUAUGUUGCUCAUAUUGAUGAUAUUUUUAAGGAUUUUACUUCUUACAAAGUUAAAGUUCCGGUGACCGGUGCGAUUAUUUUGGAUGAGACUUUCCAACGGUGCUUGCUAGUGAAGGGAUGGAAAGGGACAAGCUGGAGUUUCCCAAGGGGUAAAAAGAACAAAGAUGAGGAAGACCAUGCUUGUGCUAUCCGAGAAGUGCUGGAGGAAACCGGUUUCGAUGUUUCAAAUCUUCUUAACAAAGCUGACUACAUUGAAGAGAUGUUUGGACAGCAGAGGGUGCGUCUCUACAUAAUUGCUGGUGUUAAGGAUGAUACUGCCUUUGCACCACUUACAAAAAAAGAGAUCAGUGAAAUUGCAUGGCAGUGGCUUGAUGAACUUCAGCCAGCAAGUUACGAAGUAAUAUCUCGCAGCAUCACUGGCCUCAAGCUUUACAUGGUUGCUCCGUUUUUAACGUCUUUGAGAUCAUGGAUUUCGUCACACCAGCCCCCUGUAGCCCCAAGAUCUGAUAUGCCUCUCAAAGCUAUGUGCGUGUGGAAAGCGAAGAACACUUCUUUAGGGAGUGGCACAGUGAUAACGGAGAGCCAUUUUAAUAAGCCUGCAUCUGAUCCUCAUCCUCCUGACACGGGCCCUGGCAAGAGCUUCAGAAAUUUUAGAUUUAAUACUGCUGCAAUCUUGCAAGCGAUGGAAUCUGGGUUUUCUGCUUAA